AUGUCUUUCGAGCCGUUUUUAUUGCAAAUGCCAGAUGUUGCACUAAAUGAGAUUGUCAAGAAGUGUGAUUAUGUUUCUAUACAAUCCCUUCGAAAAGUAUGUAGAGAUCUUCGGAAUUUCAUUGAAGACAACAAACCGCAGUACGAUUUCACCAACAUUUCUAUCAAGCUUGGUGCAUUCCAUCUUUAUUCAUAUUUCAACGGUCCGGCCAAUGUUUGGGAACUCCCACCUGUAAAAAAAGUGACAAUACACUACAAAACUGAUCGAUGGAAUUGCACAGUAUCCCUGAAGAAACCAAGUCGUCGGCGUUCUAAGCUUCUACGCGACACCAAUUUUGUCGAGUGCUUCUGUCGCGACUUUGCAAUUGCUAUAAGAUCACAAAAAUCAAUUAUUCAAAACUUCUAUAUGAGUUUAUCAGAUCUAAACAACCGACCGCGUCUGGCAGGUCCUGCUGAAGACUUGAUGAGAAAUUUAAGAAAUUUAAAAUCAGGAGAAAAUUUCCUUCUGAAAGUUAGAAAUGCUGAGUUAUUAACCAGUGAGCCCUCGCGGAUCGUCGAUUUUCUGCAACUUCUCGACCCAAACCACCUGGAAACUAUUAAAAUAAGUGGAGAUUGCUUUAUGAAUGAAUUGACGGAAAUCACUGAAAUUUGUCAGCUGGAACAAUUCAAAAAAGCAAAGGAACUGGAAAUUUCAUCGUAUUUUAUCACUACUCCCGUCGAAUGUUUCAGUCAUUUCGAGAAAGUGGCCGUUUGGUAUAGAGGUGUCUCCGUGGAAAUGUUGAGAUCAUUGAAACAGGUUUGUCCGGAUGUCCGACAAAUUGAAAAACGUGUUUCAGAUGUUCAUCACAUCUUCUAA